AUGAUGGGAAAAAGGGUAAACUUUGCUGCUCGUUCAGUUAUUACUCCUGACCCUAAUGUUGACAUUGAUGAAAUAGGUAUACCCGAUGCCUUUGCUACUAAAUUAACAUAUCCAGUACCAGUUACUGAGUGGAAUGUGGAUGAGUUGAGGAAAAUGGUUAUAAAUGGACCAAACAAACAUCCAGGGGCUGAAAAAAUUGAAAUUAAAAAUGGCAGAGUAGUUAGAAUACCUCCAGAUUCAAUAGAAAAGAGAAAGAGCCUCGCUAAAAGACUCUUAACCCCUGAUGUAUACAAGACAUCAGGUUUAAAGAUAGUUCAUAGGCAUCUUGUAAAUGGGGACGUUCUGAUAUUAAACCGUCAGCCAUCUCUCCAUAAACCUAGUAUGAUGGCUCACAGAGCCAGGAUUUUGAAAGGGGAGAAAACACUCAGGCUUCAUUAUGCAAACUGUAAAUCUUACAAUGCUGAUUUCGAUGGCGAUGAAAUGAAUGCACAUUUCCCUCAAAAUGAGUUAGCAAGAAGUGAAGCGUACAAUAUAAUGUCAGUUAAGCAACAAUACUUAGUACCAAAAGAUGGGACGCCGCUAAGUGGAUUAAUUCAGGAUCACGUCAUAUCAGGUGUCAAAAUGUCCAUAAGGGGUGCAUUCUUCACAAAGUCUGACUACCAGCAACUUGUUUUUCAAGCCUUAGCGAACCGUAAGGGCGAAAUCAAAUUGUUGCCUCCUACCAUAUUAAAACCGGUGAUGCUUUGGUCAGGUAAACAAAUCCUGUCCACUAUUAUAAUUAACAGCAUACCCAAAGGUAAGCCAUACCUUACUUUGAUAGGAAAAGCAAAAAUCGCGUCGAAAGCAUGGCAAAAGGAAACUCCCAGGCCGUGGAACGGUGGAGGAACUCCUUUUCGAGAUGCUAACGCUAUGUCGGAAGCUGAGGUCGUUAUACGUAAAGGUGAACUGCUGAGUGGGGUCUUGGAUAAAAUGCAUUACGGUGCCACACCAUACGGUUUGGUUCACUGCAUGUACGAAUUGUACGGAGGCGACAGUUCCAGUGCCGUGUUGAGCUCGUUUUCGAAGCUGUUCACUUUUUACCUUCAGUGGAUAGGGUUCACGCUCGGCGUCAAAGACAUCUUGGUUACCGAGGAAGCUGACAGGAAACGGAAUGAGUUCGUCUGCUUAGUGCGACAGGUCGGCCGGGCCGCCGCCGCAAAGGCAACAGAGCUCCCCGCGGACGUCGAUGAAGACAAACUUAAAGACACUAUAGGGGAAAUGCUCAUUAAGGAUCCAAAAUUUAGAACGAAUUUGGAUAGGCAGUACAAGAGCGCGCUGGAUUCAUACACGAACAAGAUAAAUACGGUUUGCUUGAGUGAAGGUUUGUUGGAGAAGUUCCCUUACAAUAACCUUCAGUUAAUGGUGCAGUCGGGUGCCAAAGGAUCCACCGUCAACACUAUGCAAAUUUCGUGUUUACUUGGCCAAAUAGAAUUAGAGGGAAAGCGUCCGCCACUAAUGAUAUCUGGUCGUUCUCUACCCAGUUUCCUUCCGUACGACACGUCGCCUAGGGCUGGUGGCUUCAUUGACGGUAGAUUUAUGACGGGAAUACAGCCUCAAGAGUUUUUCUUCCAUUGCAUGGCUGGUCGUGAGGGUCUCAUUGAUACAGCCGUUAAAACCAGUAGAUCCGGCUAUUUGCAGAGGUGUUUGAUCAAGCAUUUGGAAGGUCUGAGCGUAGCGUACGAUCAUACUGUCAGAGACGCGGACGGCAGCGUGAUACAACUGGCCUAUGGAGAGGAUGGACUCGAUGUUCUGAAGUGCCAGUUCCUCAAGAAAAACCAAUUUGAAUUCCUUGAUAUCAAUGCAAAUGCCGUGGUCACAAAAUCAACAAUAGAUAAGCUCAAGAAAGGCGAAAACUUAAGAGAAGUCCUCAAAUCGCAAAAGUCUUUGAAAAAAUGGAAAAAAAAGUAUGGCAACCCAUUUGAGAAAGUUCGGAUUAGUCCUUUCGCUCAGUUUUCGAGAUUUGCGAAACAAGAUAUAGUGUUAGACGAAAAACCAACAGAUCAAACUAGGGAUCCCUUUUAUUGGGAACUAGAGAAGAAAUGGCGCACGCUAGAUGAAGAAGAAAGACAAGAAUAUUUUCGGAAAAAAUGCCCUGAUCCCAUACCAAGUAAAUUUUCACCGGAAUACAAAUUCGGCGUGAUAAAUGAGCAACUAGAUGGCCUCAUACAAGGCUACUUGAAAAACCGAGAAGUCAGCAUGUACAUUGGAAACACGGAAAGUGAUAAAUUCGUGGACGUAAUGAAUGCCAAAUACUUAGCGUCCAUGGCAGCGCCAGGAGAACCCGUGGGCUUACUGGCCGCUCAGUCUAUCGGUGAACCCUCAACCCAGAUGACAUUGAACACCUUCCACUUCGCUGGAAGGGGCGACAUGAACGUGACUCUGGGUAUACCCCGACUCAGAGAAAUCCUCAUGACUGCGUCUGCGAAGCUGAAAACUCCUAACAUGGAUAUACCGUUCCGCGGGGACCUUUCCGAUUCAAACAAGAAAGCAGAGAGGCUCAGGCAGAAACUGAACAGAGUCACCGUAGCGGACGUCCUGGAAAAAAUAGACGUGCAGUGCGAGAUCGUCACGAAACCGCAGCGGCAACUGAUGACAACUAUGCGCUUCACGUUUCUGCCGCAUACGCAGUACAAAACUCAGUACGCGGUGAAGCCGCAGCAGAUUAUCAAGCACAUGCAGAAGAAGUUCUUCACGGAAAUGUUCACUACAAUCCGGAAACAGGCGAAGGGCUCCUGCGGCGUGGUGUGGUCGACGGAAAAGGAAAAGAAGAGACGCGCGGCGGCUGACGACGAAGAUGAAGAAGGGCAGGAAAUCGUGCCGGAACCCAAAGACACGGCCGGGAAGGAUCUAGAAGACGACAGCUCAGACGAAGACGGUCCAAACGACGACGACGACAACACAGAUGUAAACAUUAGGAAAAAGAGGGCUGAAGGGCAGGAAUACGAGGAUCCGGAGUCGGAUGAAGAGGAGAAAUCCGAAGACGAAGCUGAACGCGAAGAAGAGCAAACCAAAAUCAUUGACGACGAGGUCAUGGAGGUCACGCAAGACAAAGUGAACACAGAGGAUAGCAGAAUAAUGUCGGACGUCGUUGAUACCCUGCAAAAUGCCACCAACUACACGUUCGACACAAAGGCCCAUAAAUGGUGCGAGCUCACCGUACAAUUCCCCAUAUCAUUCCUGAGGGUGGACCUUUCGCAAGCGCUGCGCGAUGCCGCAACCAAGUCCGUGGUACACGAGGUGAAGAACAUCAAAAGGGCGAUAAUCAACAAGGAGAAAGGCGUUCUGUAUCUGAAGACUGAAGGCAUCAACAUCGUCCAAAUGUUCAAAUACGACAACGUUUUGGAUUUGAACAAGCUUUAUAGCAACGAUAUACACGCUAUAGCGAACACUUACGGUAUAGAGGCGGCGAACAAGGUCAUAAUAAAGGAGAUCCAGAAUGUAUUCAACGUGUACGGCAUCACGGUGGACCCCAGACAUCUGACCCUCGUGGCGGAUUAUAUGACGUAUAACGGGGUUUUCGAGCCAAUGAGCCGCAAGGGCAUGGAAUCGUCAACCUCACCGCUUCAGCAGAUGUCUUUCGAGUCCUCAUUGAUCUUUUUAAAAGAAGCAGUCUUAAAUUCGAAGAAGGACACUCUACGCUCGGCCUCCAGCUGUCUAAUGCUGGGCCAACCUUGCAGAAGUGGAACGGGAGCCUUCAGUUUGCAGCAUAAAAGCACAGUUGUGAAU